UAAACAAACGGUCUUGUUCACAUGGGGGAAAUGGGCUAUUCAAAUUAGUUUCUGUUUGUAAUAGUUUUAUAUCCAUUCAAUUGCUGUGAUCAGGUUAAACAUCUAAGGGGUGUCAAGGCUUGGAAGGUCACAGCCAAUCAUUUCAAUACGACCAGUCUUUACUUUAAAACUUCCGACUUGUAGUCUUCAAUGUUUUACAAUGCAGAAAUAAAAAUAUCUUCUUAGAGCAUUGAUAAAAUUUAGUAGAUCAUAAACAACAAUACGAAUUAGGUCUCUUUUUUUGUUCACAUCGAUUGUAUUAUUUGUAUCAACUAUUGAUCAAUAUUUACUUUUUGGUGGAGAGAAUUAAGACGUCAUUUGAUGUACUCUACAGUGCCGAAGACCGAAACAGAUGGCAUUGCAGCGUCCAACACACGCGUCAGAUAGUAUUAAUAUAAAUUCGCCACCAUGCCUAUUAUGAGACGUAUGAAGGGCAUGCCCAAAGAGCUCUUGGCAGCUGAGGGGCUGAUGUACCAGGACUGGGAAGCUAUAACGCCUUGCCAGCGCCAAUGUACCACGCGACUUGGUAUAGCCAUUCAACGUGAACAGGAGUCGUAUAUGACGAAACACCCUGAGAUUUUAGCAAUGAUGAAAAUAUUUAUUGCCAAAAUGACUCAAAGGAAUAAAAGAAAGGAUUUCGAAAGAGAGGCCGCUGAGCAUUUUACGAGAGCAUUUGCUGAUCUAGACGAAGAAAUAAGGACCUUUUUAGAGUCGCCAGAGGACGGACCUUACGUAGACAUGUCUGAUAGAACCUUCUACAAUUUUGAUGAUGACGCAUUUAUUAAAGAUUUGAGGAGAAUAAUAUCGUCAAACUAUCCGCCGCCACCGUGGAUCGUGCCCUCUCCGCCCCGCAGUCCUACUAACACGUUGUCUUCCUCAUUUAUAUCGAUACUGACAUCUGAUUCUACAUUGCCAACACCGGAGCCUAUUCCAACCCCGGAGCCGACCAUUUCUGAGAUAUUCUACAGUAUGGUCUCGAACACGGUGGACAAAGUUAUUUACGUGCACAUUGAUGAGGGUGCCAUCCUGUACGACACAGCUUAUGUGGAACUUAUGAGAGCAGUAGAACAAGCUAUGGAGAUUCCAGUCAUCGAAAUACGGGCUGAUAUAGCCGCGCUUUAUCAGAACGCAUAUCGCAUGUUUGAGCUCAAUGUCACUGAGAAGGAAAGAAUCGCCGCUCAGGAGGCAUGGGAGAAGCGAAUGAGGAAGAAGUUAAAGAGGUCGUUGAGGCGACAGAAAAACUUCAAAGGACAUGAAACACCGCCACAGACCCCACCGAGUGACUUUACAUCAUCACACGAGAGCAAUCAGAGGCCUCCCCCGCGCCCUUGCAAGUGUCAACCAUUGGCCCACUACAAUCGAUAUGGAAAGGACCGCUUCGGAAUCUACCUACCGAGGACCGACGAAUUCAACAGAAGCAAUAUAACAACAACACCUGCUAUAUCUUCGGAAAACAUUGGGGGUGAAGAAUCCAAGUCUCUUAUGAGCAAAAGGUCUGGAACAAGCCGGAGUACGCACUCGGCGGUAUCUUCAAGAAGUGGUUUGAGUAGGAGGAGACCAGUUCCAGCUGAUGAAGCAGGAGCAAAAGGUGGGGAGCCUGCGUCGGACGCUGCUCCAGCUGCAGAAGCUGCUAAAGAGCCCGAAACUGAUGCAGCCCCCGCCAGAAGGCAGAGAGCUGCACCUCCGCCUUCGGAGGGAACAGACGAUGAACACGAAGUGCCCCCCGCAAGAGGAAGAAGGCAGCCAGCACCCCCACCACAAUAAUUGCUUCCUUAGUUUCGUUUUGUAUUUUGUCGUUAUUCUAUUUCUCAUAAAUAUUAUAUUUAGUUCUCAUGCAGUUAUC